CUUUACUCUCUCAUCUCUUUCUCUCUCUACUAAUAUUUAUUAAUUAAUUAAUUAAUUAAUCAAUCUCUUUCUCUCUCACACACUGCAUCUCUUUCUCUCUCCCACAUUCAUCACAGUUGCAGCAGCGCCAGAAACACAGUAGCAGUGGUGUGUGUGUGUGUGUCUGUGAUGUGAUGAGAGUCCCCAAACCGCCACGCCCUUCAACUCCCCACAUGACACCUUCUUCAACUCCUCCACCAGACACCACCUGCCACUCUCUCUCUCUCUCCUCCCAACAACGCUGAUAUGAUAUUGAUUUGAUAACCUUCUUUAUUCUGCACAGCAGCCAUUGAUUGAGCUCCAUUUUGUUCUGUUUUUGAAUUUUGGGCGUUGUUCACAUCUUGGGAGCAAUUCCCCUUCGAUUUCGAUUUUCCCCCUCAGAUCCAUCCAUGCCUUUGAUAACGAUGUUCUUCUUCAUGCGUCCUCCAUUUCCAAUGUAGCAAAUCCGCCAUUGAAAUGAGAAAUUGAUGCUCACAGUAGUUACAUUUCGAGUCGAUUUUUCGCGUUUUGGGGAAUGAAGAAUUUCCAGUGGCUGAAGCAAAUUGCGAGCACCCAUGGCAAGCUGGAGAGGAGGCUGUCCUUGGGGGAAUACAGGAGGGCAGUUUCAUGGUCGAAAUACCUAAUUUCUUCAGGGGCGAAAAUCAAGGGUGGGAGAGAGGAGGAAUGGAGCGCGGACAUGUCGCAGCUGUACAUCGGGAACAAAUUUGCUUCGGGAAGACAUAGCAGAAUCUACAGAGGAGUUUACAAGCAGAGAGAUGUGGCGAUUAAGCUCAUCAGUCAGCCUGAGGAGGACGUCGAUUUGGCUGCAUUUUUGGAGAAGCAGUUCACCUCUGAGGUUGCGCUUCUGUUCAGGUUAAGGCAUCCCAAUAUCAUCUCUUUCAUAGCUGCUUGUAAGAAGCCCCCGGUGUUCUGCAUUAUUACUGAAUACUAUCCCGGGGGUUCCCUGAGAAAGUUCCUUCAUCAGCAGGAGCCGUAUUCGCUUCCCCUUAAACUAGUGCUGAAACUGUCGUUGGACAUUGCUCGUGGAAUGCAAUAUUUACAUUCCCAAGGGAUUCUUCAUCGAGACCUGAAAUCCGAGAACCUUUUGCUCGAUGAGGACAUGUCCGUUAAAGUGGCGGAUUUCGGGAUAUCUUGCUUGGAAUCUCAAUGCGGCAGCGCCAAGGGAUUCACCGGUACAUACCGCUGGAUGGCGCCGGAAAUGAUUAAGGAGAAACAUCACACAAAGAAAGUCGACGUCUACAGUUUUGGGAUUGUAUUGUGGGAACUUCUAACGGCUUUGACACCAUUUGACGACAUGACUCCCGAGCAAGCGGCAUUUGCAGUCUGCCAAAAGAAUGCUCGGCCACCUUUGCCCCCGUCGUGCCCUGCAGCCAUACGGCGACUGAUUCACCGUUGCUGGUCGAGCAAUCCGGACAGGCGGCCGCAGUUUGUGGAGAUCGUGGGCAUUCUCGAAAGAUACACAGAGGCUCUGGAGGAUGACCCGGAAUUCUUUUCGUCAUACGAUCCGCGCGAGAACUGUAGUCUCUUGGGGUGCAUUCCCAACUGCUCUAAUGUAUUAUGAUAAUCGAAUAACAAUUUCAUAUGAUCGAUCAUCUGAUUCAAUGCAAAGUGAGCUGCUGCUGAGCAGAGUGGUGUGGUUUGCUGUAGGGUAGGUGGUUUCUUUGUAAUUUGUAUUUGUAUUUUAAAGACUCUGUUUGUUUGCUGCUUCCCCUAACCCUAAAACGAAAGGGUAAAAGGAGAGGGGAAUGGAUGUCAACAGUGUCUAAGUCUGCUAUUUUUAAGAGAAGACAUAUAGUACUAUUGAUAUUGAUUUUAUGUAUUUUAUGCA